AUGGAUAAUAAAGCUAUCGAACUACAACUAUCCCGUAUCAUUUCUGCAGUAGAAUCCACAACCAUCUUUACAACGAUUAUUCCGAAACCGACUGCGAAAGCCGAUGGUACUGCCACUACCGAGAUCCCUGUCGUGACGGUCACACAGGAAGCCAGUCAAUCAGAUGUCAGCUCCGGAGGGUUACCUGGAGGCAAGAUCUUUGGAGCUUUAGAGAUUAUCAUUGCUCUAGGCGUGUUGGUUGGUGUUUUACUCAUGAUUAUGGGAAUCAUCCUCUGCGAUCGACGAAGAAAAUCCAAGAAGCGAAAGCGAGCAUCUGCCAGAGUUCAAAAGAGAAUGACGGAAAAGAGCGAGCCACCAUCAGAGACCAGCAGCCAACGAAGUCGAUCACCGACGGACCCGCGGUCAGUAGAAGCGGUAUGGCCUCGAAUGGCAGAGCAGAAUCAGACAGUUCAGGAAUAUUGGAAUAACGAUGCGACACGGCAGAAUCAAGCUUGGCAGCAGGGACCAGGAGGCAUGCCACCACCGGGACAAAUACAAGGACAAGGACAAAACCACGGGCAAUAUAGAUAUCAAUAA